CACUCCAGCACGGCGGAAUUUAUUGAUAUAUCGUCUGCUGAGGUUGUGAGAGGAGGAGGAGAGGACGAGUACGGGACGGGUUCAGUAACAAUGAGAGUAUCGUGAAGGUCAUCUAGCUCAGGUCAUAUUGAGGCACAAUGGCCUCCAAGCCUCACCUGGUGCUGCUGGGUCACGUGGAGGAGCAGAUCACGUCGAGGCAGCAGCAGCAUCCGGGGGUUGCCUCCUGUACUGUCAGCAAAAUCGGGGGCACUCCAGACUGGUGUGUGAGUGGGUGUGAGAUACCUUCCUGCAAGCGAUGUGGGCGCAGGCAGUCACUGGUGGUGCAGGUAUAUGCCCCGCUAGAGGGGGGAGUGCACCACCGCACACUCUACAUCUUUGCUUGUGUCACACAGGAGUGCUGGAACCGCACACACAGCUGGACCUGCAUGCGGAGCCAGAUUCUGGAUCCCACAUCUAUCAGAACCUCAGGCCAGGCCCCCAAGUCCCCUUCCUAUACUAGUGAGACAUGGUUCCAGGAUGAACAGGACUGGGGCAGCGGCAAUGACAAUGACGGAAAUAGGAAUGCGGACAACUUGAACUUAGGGCCGUCGUCAUCCCAGCUGUACCUCGACAACAUGGCCAAGACGACGAGUGGAGGAGGAAGUGGAAGUGGCAGCAGUGACAACCUCAAUAACAUGAACUCCAACACUACCUCCAUCACAGAUGUUGCACAAAAGAUGGAGAAUAAACUGAACAUUAUUGAGGAUGAUGCCAAUGCUAAUGAGGCACUGUGUGGGGCUGUGGGCAUUGUGGGAUCUGAGGGAGAGGGGAUGGAGGCCACAGCAGUCAUUGAAGGGCCAGAGGGAGACAUGAUAGCUGUGGACACACCAGAGCAGCCUACUACAGACAUCCCUGCACUGUUUAAGGAGGCAACUCAGAUUGAUGCCAAUGCAGAUGUUUCUUUCAUCCCCUUCUACCUGGUGAGUGAGGCAGAACCUGCUGAGGACGUGGCCUUCUCAGAGCAUGAGAGGGAAUUGUUGGUCCAUUACACCCACAACACAGGACAUGACUUCAGGGAAGAGGAGAUAGCUGGUAGUGGGGAGGGGAAAGGAGAUGGAGUCUAUGAGAAGGACGUAGCUACUCAUGGGGAUGUCUUCCUUCACAAGUUCAAAAAGAGGAUUUCCAGGAGUCCACAGCAGGUGAUGAGAUAUUGCCGAGAGGAGGGAGCUGCACCGCUAUGGCUAAGGCCUCCAGGACCUGGUGAGGGGAUGGGCAAGUGUCAGCAUUGUGGAGGAAGCACCAUGUUUGAGCUGCAGCUGACACCACAGCUACUCCUUCACCUUCGUGUAUCAGGAGUACAGGGAGUGCCUCUUGAGUUUGGCACUGUGGUUGUGUUUACUUGUGCUGCCUCCUGUUGGGAUGACAAGGAUACUGUCAGACAGGAAGCCUUAGUAAUCCAGUGUGAAGUGAUCUGAAUGUCCUGCCCCACCACUGCUGCCACCACCUUCACAGGACAGCAAGUCAAGGUCACUCAGGCACUGGAAACCAGGUGGCUCUCACCUCACAUCUCACGUCACUUUGUGUCCACUCCAGAGUGGACGUGGAUUAAUGAUUUAAUAUGAAUAAUUGGUGCUUAAAAGUCCAAUUAAUAUUAUGCUUAUGGAACACUCAGAAUUUUGCCAUUUAUAUAUUAAAAUAACCAGUGAUUUUCACAUCUUUUACAGCCAGGCUAAGCUUCUGGCAGAUUAGUUUUCAACAGCAUCUUUCAUCUUUUGUUGUGCAGCUAUGCAAGCUGUUCUUUCUUGCAUACAUUUUACUGGAGAUAUAAACAUGCUACCGUUUAUGAUAUUAGGGAAGAUACGCAGGACAGAGUGAUGGAGCCAUUGCCUGUGAACCACCAUUGUUGGAAACACUAAGCUGACACACAGGCCAAACAUUUCCCAUUUAAGCUUAAGUUUUGGUUCCUUUAUACCUAUUUUUAAUAAAUUUUAUUUUGUUUUUAAUAAUAUUUAAUUUCAACAAAACUAGCUGACAAAUCAUAAAUUCCACCACAUGCACUUCCACAUUACUACGUACUUCACUCUCGCCAUCCACUGUGCAAUAUAUACACUUGACACCUUCACCAUAUCAUCAAAAUCUCAGAGAUUCCCGUAUGUCCCAAUACUCAGUGUUCCAGACCUGUUUCUAUGUAUACUACAACUAGGGGAGGCAGUGCAAUAGCCAUGUGAUAUUGUAAAUUUGUGCAAUAUGACAUGAUACUGAUUUAUUUGAUUACUGGUACUUAUUUUUCAUAGACAUUAAUCUAAAGAAUGUUUUCAUUGAUGGUAACUUUUGUAUGUAAAGAUAUAAAUAUGAACCAAGAGCAUGUGAUAGGGUAAGAGAAUUUCAAUGGAGGGUAAAAGGCAGAACUUGAGUGAUAUUAUGAAGCCAAAUACAGUGAGCUUAAUGUUAAAUGAAUAAGAGUUGAAUAGAGUCUAUAGAAACAUAUUUCACUCAUGAUCUUCCACUCCAAAAUUAGAAUAAUGGAGACAUGAAGCCACUCAAUAUUAUUCACACAAGCCACACCAGGAAUAAUCAUUUGAAAAUAUAACAUUUACAAAGAUUACAGUGACAAGUUAUGGCAGUGUUGUGUUCAUUGGUACAGAUUUUUUAUCCCACAUAUUAUAAGAAUGGCUUAUCUUGUUAUUUCCUUGAUUUUGUUCAUAUAUCAAGCUACAGCAGUAAGAAAAUACUCGGCUAUCUAUGACAGGAUCUUAUCAUGUGUGUACUCACUUUUUUCCAUCAAGAGUGUGGUCCCCUGGGGGCUGAGAUGAUCAGUGCUUUGCCUUACACAAAAACACAUUCUACAGUUUUGCUUUGUGUGGGAAGAUUUGACUCCACUAGAUGCACAGCUUGGUGAGCAUUUUGUGAUUGACAAAUCCAGCCUUAUAAUGUAAUGUUUUCCUGUUAACAACAGUGUAUAAAUUUCACCUCAUUCUUGUGUCAAGUGGGACCCUUUGCCAGGCCUACAGAUGUCACUUUCUCACUGCAAACUAAUUCAUUUUGACCAUUCAUCACUCAUAAGACAUAUUGUGCAAUUCCACUGUUCAGUUAACUUCCUGAGAAUUCCAAUGGUAAGCAUCUGUUGUGUGUGUAGCAAGGAGGCUCCCUGGCGUGGGUCUGUUUGCUAAGACAUAAAGUGUAAUGUUCCUCCCAAACCCUGUGUUCCAUUAGGACCAUGAGUGUGUCUGGGGGAUCAAGGAGGAUUACUUAAGAACCAUCCAUUUUCUUCUCUGCCAUUUUAAGCUUUCUUAGGGAGACUAGUUGUAGCUUAGCUUUGCUCUAAAGGUGCAGAGAGAGAGAGAGAGAGAGUGAGCAAGAAAAGAGAGCACUUUCUGUAUUGGUAAUAUAAUUAUGAUAAGUGUGCUCUUUCACUCCAUGUAUGUUUAAGGUCCUAAAAGACGUGUUUAGUUGCAAAUCAACUUUGUGAAUUCAACUAUUUUAUGCACCUGGAAAGUGUCCAUUUGAAGGUUAGUGAAGGCGUACAUGGGAUACAACACACACCACAAGCAUAAAUGUAUCUCUUAACAUAUGCAGUCAUGCGAAGACAAAAGUAGAAACUAUUGCCUUCCAAAUAAUGAGGCUUGAGAAACUCACGCCAUGUGUUCUUGAAAAUCAAACAACUUUGCACAUUGUCACCAUCACUGAAGAAAACAUCCUUGUGAUUUGCUACCAGAAUUUGAAAAUUUUUUGUUAUGAACUAUGAUGCAAUAAGAAAUUUCCUGAUCAGAUACUGGUAUUUGUAAACACAAAGUGUACAAAUGUGAAAUUUUCAUCUUUUAUACACUGAAAAUUGGGAAUUAAUGUGGUUCAUAAUUAUAUAUGUUAUGUGGUGUGUGUGUGUGUGUGUGUGUGUGUGUGUGUGUGUGUGUGUGUGUGUGUGUGUGAGUGGCAGUCCCAGGUAGCAUGCUGCCACACUUAACUUAAUGCACAUCUUGGCCAGUAUUUUUAGUCAUCUGUUUACUCUUACUUAUAAGAUGUACCUUUUCAAUUCUACCUUUUUUUUUCCCCCCCUUUCUGUCCAGUGUAUUGCUUUGUUGAUGACGUCUCAUACAGUAUUUAAGGCAGUGUGUAGCAUUGUUUGGAAUAUGACUGUGGCUCUUUGCAUCAUAUCUCACUGCUAAUUUACAGCUUUUAACACUGCUCAUUUUUUCCUUCAUGAAUCUGAUGCUCCAAUUCGCAAUUUCAGGGUUUUAACUGAGACAGAACCACAUAUUCCUCAUUGUCUUUCUAUCUAGAUGGCUUGAGCAGUUACUUUCUGCUUGAUGAUGAUGAUGAUGAUGACAAAGCUUCCUCAACGUUUUCUUGACCCAAAAACUAUUUUACUACUGAAGAUUUGGCAACAAUUUUUUGAAUAAAAGCAAAAUAAUCUUAAAAAUUUUGUACCAUUACAUGAUGCAUUCAUGCCACUUAAAACUUUUAGGUGAACAAAAAUAGCUUACAAUAUGCUUAUACAUGCUAGUCCUAUAUGCAGAUGAUCUUUAUAUAAAAAUAUUAUAUAGCACUUGAAGCAAUAGUUGAUAGUUCAUGGGUUAGUGUAAGAAGGAUGGGAGAGUUGCAGGUGUGGAGUUCACUAAUUAUGGGAACCCCAAAUGUGUGGUGUUCCUAAACACUUAAAGAAUUGCUGCUGUUAGGAACCUUAGAGAGAGAGCGAGAGAGAGAGAGAGACUUAGGAACCUGAAAGAGACAGACAGAUAGUUUAUUCACUGUAUUACACCUGUAUUUCUCAUAGAUCAACAAAGUGUGCAUUAAAUAACAAAUAAGUAAUUUAAUGUUGCAGGAUAAAAUAGAUACAAGCAACACUGAUACUAACAUGAAAAUGCAUCAUUAUUUAAAAACAUGUCUCCUCCUCCUCACAGUCUUAUUUUGUUGUUGUUCAAUGCCAGAAGUCAAUGUCUGUCUGUCUGUUCUCAAGAUUCAGGUCAACACCACCACAGUGCUUGGUUUUAGAGGAAACACCAGUUGGCCAAUAAAUAGCAUAAGACAACAGAAGGUGUUGCCCUACCAUUUGUUAUGAAGGAAGGACUAAAUCUCCAUCUACACUACAAAUUCAUUCCUUUUAUGUAUACUCAGAGAACACCUAAAGUAUAUUUAUUCACUGACACUUUGUUUUGGGGUGCAAGAUGAAGCCAGGAAUGGGGCUUGUAUAGGUGAUUCAGCUUUCUCUGUUGGAUUAGUUCUUAGUAUUCAGGCUUCAUAGUACCGCCAGGACUGUAACUCUUCCCCGUGUGGGUGAGCUCACAGAUGAGAUGGAGAUGUAAGCUUUUCUCAGUAGUGAUGUUGGGCUCAAUAAACGACUGUGAUAACCCAA